AGUAUGAAGGAGAUGGUAGGAGGCUGCUGCGUAUGUUCGGACGAGAGGGGCUGGGCCGAGAAUCCGCUGGUCUACUGUGAUGGGCACGCGUGCAGCGUGGCUGUCCACCAAGCUUGCUAUGGCAUCGUCCAGGUGCCAACAGGACCCUGGUUCUGCAGGAAAUGUGAAUCUCAGGAGCGAGCAGCCAGGGUGAGGUGUGAGCUGUGCCCACACAAAGAUGGGGCAUUGAAGAGGACUGACAAUGGAGGCUGGGCCCACGUGGUGUGUGCCCUCUACAUCCCUGAGGUGCAGUUUGCCAACGUGCUCACCAUGGAGCCCAUCGUGCUGCAGUACGUGCCUCAUGAUCGCUUCAACAAGACAUGUUACAUCUGUGAGGAGCAGGGCCGGGAAAGCAAGGCAGCCUCAGGAGCUUGCAUGACCUGUAACCGCCACGGAUGUCGACAGGCUUUCCAUGUCACCUGUGCCCAAAUGGCAGGCCUGCUGUGUGAGGAGGAAGUGCUGGAGGUCGACAAUGUCAAGUACUGUGGUUAUUGCAAAUACCACUUCAGCAAAAUGAAGACAUCCCGGCACACGAGCGGGGGAGGCAACGGAGGAGGGGGAGGCACGGGGGGAGGCGGUAGCGGCUUCAUCGCUGGCCGGAGGAGCAGGUCGGCCUCGCCGUCCACGCAGCAGGAGAAGCACCCUUCCCACCACGAGAGGGGCCAGAAGAAGAGUCGAAAGGACAAAGAACGCCUUAAACAGAAGCACAAGAAGCGGCCUGAGUCACCCCCCAGCAUCCUCACCCCACCCGUGGUCCCCACUGCUGACAAGGUCUCCUCCUCAGCUUCCUCCUCCUCCCACCACGAGGCCAGCACUCAGGAGACUUCUGAAAGCAGCAGGGACUCAAAGGGGAAAAAGUCUUCCAGCCAUGGCCUGAGUCACAAGGGAAAGAAGCUGAGCAGUGGGAAAGGUGUGAGCAGCUUUACCUCCGCCUCCUCCUCCUCCUCCUCCUCCUCUGGGGGGCCCUUCCAGCCUGCAGUUUCGUCCCUGCAGAGCUCCCCUGACUUCUCUGCAUUCCCCAAGUUGGAGCAGCCAGAGGAGGACAAGUACUCCAAGCCCACAGCGUGCCCCCCUUCAGCUCCUCCCUCUCCCUCAGCCCCCGAGCCCCCCAAGUCUGACCUCUUUGAGCAGAAGGUGGUCUUCUCUGGCUUUGGGCCCAUCAUGCGCUUCUCCACCACCACCUCCAGCUCGGGCCGGGCCCGGGCCCCGUCCCCUGGGGACUAUAAGUCACCCCACGUCUCGGGGUCCGGGGCCUCAGCAGGCACCCACAAGCGGAUGCCCACGCUGAGUGCCGCCCCUGUGCCUGCUGAGGAGGCCCCUGAGACAGGCCUGAAGGAGAAGAAACACAAAGCCAGCAAGAGGAGCCGACACGGGCCAGGCCGUCCCAAGGGCAGCCGCAACAAGGAGGGCAGCGGGGGCCCGGCCCUUCCCUCCCUGCCCGGUGCCCAGCUGGCUGGCUUUACCGCCACUGCUGCCUCACCCUUCUCCGGAGGUUCCCUUGUCAGCUCUGGCCUGGGUGGUCUGGCCUCCCGUACCUUUGGGCCUUCCGGGAGCCUGCCCAGCCUGAGCCUGGAGUCCCCACUGCUGGGGGCAGGCAUCUACACCAGUAAUAAGGACCCCAUCUCCCACGGUGGUGGAAUGCUGCGGGCUGUCUGCAGCACCCCCCUCUCCUCCAGCCUUCUGGGGCCCCCAGGGACCUCGGCCUUGCCCCGCCUCAGCCGCUCCCCAUUCACCAGCACCCUCCCUUCCUCCUCUGCUUCUAUCUCCACCACUCAGGUGUUUUCUCUGGCUGGCUCCACCUUUAGUCUCCCUUCUACCCACAUCUUUGGAACCCCCAUGGGUGCCGUUAACCCCCUCCUCACCCAAGCCGAGAGCAGCCACACAGAGCCAGACCUGGAGGACUGCAGCUUCCGAUGUCGGGGGACCUCCCCCCAGGAGAGUCUGUCUUCCAUGUCCCCUAUCAGCAGUCUCCCAGCACUCUUCGACCAGACAGCACCCUGCGGGGGCGGCCAGUUGGACCCAGCGGCCCCCGGAACGACUAACAUGGAGCAGCUGCUGGAGAAGCAGGGCGAUGGCGAGGCCGGAGUCAACAUCGUGGAGAUGCUGAAGGCGCUGCAUGCACUGCAGAAGGAAAACCAGAGGCUUCAGGAGCAGAUCCUGAGCCUUACGGCUAAGAAAGAGCGACUGCAGAUUCUCAACGUGCAACUCUCUGUGCCCUUCGCCGCCCUGCCUGCCGCCCUGCCUGCCACCAACGGCCCUGUCCCUGGGCCCUAUGGCCUGCCUCCCCAAGCCGGCAGCAGCGAUUCCUUGAGCACCAGCAAGAGCCCUCCGGGGAAGAACAGUCUGGGCCUGGACAACUCGCUGUCCACGUCUUCCGAGGACCCACACUCAGGCUGCCCAAGCCGCAGCAGCUCGUCGCUGUCCUUCCACAGCACGCCCCCACCGCUGCCCCUGCUCCAGCAGAGCCCUGCUACUCUGCCCCUGGCCCUGCCUGGGGGCCCUGCCCCGCUCCCGCCCCAGCCACAGAAUGGGCUAGGCCGGGCACCCGGGGCAGCGGGGCUGGGGGCUAUGCCCCUGGCUGAGGGGCUGCUGGGGGGGCUGGUGGGCAGCGGGGCCCUGCCCCUCAAUGGGCUCCUGGGGGGGUUGAAUGGGGCUGCCGCCCCCAACCCCGCGGGCUUGAGCCAGGCUGGCGGGGCCCCUGCGCUGCAGCUGCCAGGUUGUCUCAACAGCCUCACCGAGCAGCAGCGACACCUCCUGCAGCAGCAAGAGCAGCAGCUCCAGCAGCUCCAGCAGCUCCUGGCGUCCCCACAGCUGACCCCGGAACACCAGACUGUUGUCUACCAGAUGAUCCAGCAGAUCCAGCAGAAGCGGGAGCUGCAGCGGCUGCAGAUGGCCGGGGGCUCCCAGUUGCCCAUGGCCAGCCUGCUGGCCGGGAGCUCCACCCCGCUGCUGUCCGCGGGCACUCCUGGCCUGCUGCCCACAGCAUCUGCCCCACCUCUGCUGCCCGCCGGAGCCCUGGUGGCUCCCUCACUCGGCAACAACACAAGUCUCAUGGCCGCAGCAGCUGCGGCCGCAGCAGUAGCAGCAGCAGGCGGACCUCCAGUCCUCACUGCCCAGACCAACCCCUUCCUCAGCCUGUCGGGGGCGGAUGGCAGUGGCAGUGGCCCCAAAGGAGGAACUGCUGACAAAGGAGCCUCAGCCAACCAGGAAAAAGGCUAAAGCCACCCAGGCUCCUGCUGACCCCCCAAGUGGAGGGGCAGAUCCUGGUCUGAGAGGUCCCAGCCUGGAGCGGGCACCUGCACCCAGACACUGGAGAGCCCUGGCCCAGAGCAUGUGCUGAGGCCCGGGAAGUGUGGGGUGCUCCUGGUGCCGAGGACUGAGACCGAGAGGGGAGCCCCUUCCAUCUGGCCCCCCUCCCCCUCUGCACUGGCCCCUUUGUGAGGGGCUCAGAAGGAGGACAGGCUCCAAGCCCGCCUAGGAGCCCCCACUCUCAGCGAAUGUUUUGAGGUUCCCCAGAGAGCAAAGUGGGCCAUGGCAUAAGUGGGGGGUUGGUUUAACCCGCCACGUAAAAUGGAUUAGCACUUGAGUGGGAUAAGUGGGGGGCUAGGCCCUGGGCCUGCCCCUGUGCGGAAGUCUUUUAUGGAAGAAGGGGUGGCCCUAUUUGACCUGCAAUUUCUUCCCAACUUGGGCAGAUGGCAAGAGGGCUUCCUUGGACUGUUUCUCGCUGGGCCCCUUCCCCUGCCCCCGACAAGGGUCACAAGCUGAGCUUGUAAAAGCCCACAGACUAGGGGGCCGAAGAAGGGGUAGGAUGGCAUCAAAUUUGGCCCAAGCCUCCCUACCUCUGGGGGGUGGGCCUCAGUGAUGGGCUUGGGGAAGGCAGGGGGUGGGCGGCCCAGCCCCCUCGAUCCCCUGCCCCUUGUUUGCACUAUUGGAUUUAGGAGUGCCGAGGGUGGGGAGAUGGAGCUGCCUGACUCAGAGAGCGUGUAUGCGUGUGCGUGUGUCUGUCCGUCUGUCUGUCUGUCUACCGCUGGAGCCCGGGCAGCUGAGGGCAGGGAUAGGAGCAGUGCUCUGAUGAGGCAGUAUCAGAGGGGCGCUCCCAGCUCUUGUUUGCACCCUCUCACCUCACCAACUUUGGUCUCUCUCUGAGGCCUGAAUGGUUAACAAAAACCAGAACCAUACUCCAAUAUUGGAGAGUAACUGGGGGCUGGGGGCUUUGAAUCAGGGUAAUAUCCUGCCUUCCCUCCCCCAGACUCCACAUGGUCUCAGUACCCCCUCAGCGCUCCCCUUCCCCCACUGAUACUUGGUCCUGCUUCCCUGGCAAAGAGGAGCCCCAGGGAUUGGGGGAUGAGGCAAGGGGGGUAAAGUGCCACUUCUUUUAGUGAAACCUUCCUCCCAGGAUUAGCCAGCCUGCCUUCCCGCACCCCACCCCCACCCACCAGGGGAGACUUAAGCUUACGCUGACCUACAACUGUCCCUUCACCCACCAGCUAUUUCCCCCGGGGUGUAGUGGGCAAUUCUCACCUUAAAGAGUCCCCACCUGCCCAGAGCCUUUGGUGGCCAAGGUUGAGGGCUGGUGGGACAGCCAGGAAGGGGGCGAGGUUGAAGCCUGUGUCUGUGUCGGGUGCACUGGAGUCGGAGCCAGGAGGGGCCGUGGCCAGCUUCCCUGAUGACCACGUCUAGUCAGUCUCUUUGCAUGUGUGGAUUUGUGUGUGUGUGUGUUUCUGUUUGGGUUUUUGUUGUUGUUGGUUUUGUUUUGUUUUUUAAAUAAAGAAAAGAAGAUGUGUAUAUUUUUGGCAAUGACAGAAACGUAGUGCAGAUAUAUUUUUGCCUGUGCUGCUCAACUGGUUUUUUUCUGAUACUGAAAAUAAUAUUAAUAUUCCUGUUGAUAAGACUUUGUAAGAUGUUAGGGAGCUGAUAAUGGAGGGGGUGGGUGGGAUCCUUCAGAGGCAAUUUCUUUGGAAAUUCAAUUUCAAUUGCAAGGGCUUGGGGGGGGAGGCAGUUGUGAUGACCUCAGAAAUACUCACUUUUUAUUAACGCUAAAUAUCAGUUAGAAAGAAAUGAUAGAAUUCAGCAUUUUAUUCAUCUUCAUCUAUUAAGCUGUCUAACUCCCUGCCCCCAAACCACUGAAAAGAAAAAUAACCUUCAG